AUGCGGUCUUCUACCCUCUUAGCUGUAUUAAUGGCGGCCAUAGCCCAAGGCCAAAGCACCUCAGGGCAGUCAAUGACCACUAGCCCGGCUUCAUCAGGCUCUGCUAGCAGUACUCAUAUCCCACUUUUCGGCGUCGGGGCCACCACAAUUCCAAUCUCUGGUGUGGCCGGCAGCAUCGUCGGAGCCGACUCAACUGCCACUACAAUUGCGCUAAAUUGCAACAAUGGCACACCUUGUGUUCUCGGAACCAACCCGAUUACCUUGACCCAGGGCCGAUCAACAUGGGUCGCCGAUAUUGUCACCCAAGCUAGUAUAGAAGGGCGCAGUGCGACAGUUACAGCCGCCGUAGCCUGCAAAAUUAUUUCUAGCACACAAGCCGCGACUUGCACUGCGACCGUUACAAUCGGCGUCGAGGCUCAAGGCCAAAGUUCCGCUCUUACGAUUACAACUACUACGAGUUUAGCUUCUAGCCAGAUCAAUUAUGAACAACUUCUGAUUACGGCCGGCGUUGAGAAGUUGAAUAAUCCUUCGGCUGCCCAGACACCGAGCGGAGCCGCUGGCCUUGUUCUUGCGCCAGUUCCAACGGGCAAUAUGGCAAUUGGUGUUGGAGGUAUGGCAGCGGCAGCUGUUGUAGCUGUUGCUGGUAUGCUUUAG